AUGAGCAUUAUCUUGAGGUCAUUGCUCGCCAGGUCGAGGCAUAGUAGAGCGUUCAGAAUGAUGAUGAUACACGAACUCAAACCAAUGAUACCUGAAGUACGAACACAAACGAGACUCUACUCAGACGCUAAUGCAACAAACACAUCACAUGGCAGACUAGAAACAACAAAGGAGUUUUGGAGAAAGGCACAUAUCGAAAACUCAAAGGAAUCUGAAAAAGUGUUGAAGUUGUUGAGAAAGACGGGUGCUAUCUCCAUACUCGUAGUAUUUGCUUCAAUAGCUUAUGCUGCUUUUGUUGAACAUACAAACAAGACAGAAGAAGAAGUGCAAGGGAUUGAAUACAUACCUAAUUUGAAGGAGGACAUAAGGUACAGGAAAAGGGACUAG